AUGAGAUCCAUUUGGGCCCUUCAGAUCAAAGUGAUCAAGGAUGUGCACCGGGGUGUUUAUGAGCCCCCGCUGACUACUUCGCCACAUGGAGAAACGCUUUCCUCAACAAUAACCCAGGUUAUCGUCGAGUCCUCGACAUCAUCGAGCCGGCCAGCGAUCAAGCACUUGAACAGCGGUUCCAUCCUAGCUAUUAUGCUAGAUUUAUACGAAUGCUGGAUACUGAUGAAAUUCUUCAAUGUUAUGUGGAAGACAAGGUCCAGUGGAUUGGCUCCACCUGCUCACUCACCUCAUUUCUUGCUUACUCAAAUCAUCAAAAAGAUAGUUACGAUUAUCAUCCAAGCCUUUCCCGUCUAUCAACCCGAAUGCCUGCCGAGCCCUCUUCAUAAGAACUUCUUCGCAGAGUUAGUUUGGGAAAUAUCAAGUCAAUCAAGGGUGCUUCAAAGGCGUGACGAGCUCGCAGAAUACAUCGAAGAAGCGAAAAUUCCCUCUGUUUCCUCAGCGAUUGGUCUUCCCGUCUAUAAGGACACCAAUUCGGAGUGCGAUACUGUUGACAACCUCCGCAAGCGUGGUAUCCGCAUUGAUGCUGUCGGUCUUAAGUCCCACUUUGUUGUCGGCCAGACGCCAUCGCUUGCCGAUCAGCUCGCUACUAAGAAAGCUUACAUCAAGACUGAUUUGGAUGUUAUUAUUACAGGACUUGGUAUUCGCUUCGCGGAGGAGCCAUACUAUGCUGCUAACGUGCAGAAACAGCAGGCUACGGACUACUACCUCGAUGUUCAACGCUGUCUUCAGGCUGGACAUAGUUGCCUGGUAUGA